GUACCUCAAUUCCCUGAAUUUCUCUCUACUCCUUGGACAUUGUACCCAUUGCAGCGAAUCGAGCUUAUAAAAUGUUUGGAGCGGUCACUCGGCACACAGCGCGGUCGUCGGCAGGCGUGCGGGCAUUCAGCACCAGCAACGUGCGCACGUACCAGUCGCGACUGAGCCAGUUCUACCACAACACGCUGCGCGACGAUCUCACGAUCCUCAGCUACGUCCCGCCGACAGUCCGCGCGCGGCAGCAGGUGGCGGAGGUAGCGCGGCAGGAGAAGGCGGCAAACGGCCCGUCGGGAACGCCGCCGAACCCGGUGCGGUCGCACAAGCAGCGGGUGAAGAAGGCCAAGGAGCCGGAGCCGACGGCGCACAACGCGCCGCACCUGGAGAAGGUGACGGUGCAUAUUCGGUGCCGCGAGGCGCUGCAGAACAAGCACCACCUGCUGUCGGCGCUGAUGGCGCUGCAGACGAUCACGGGGCAGCGCGCGGAGAUCAUCAAGGCAUCGAAUGACGGGGCGAGCUGGAAGCUGCGCAAGGGCAUGCCGAUUGCGGCCAAGGUUGAUCUGACCGGCGACCGCAUGUACGAGUUUGUCGACAAGCUGGUGGAGCUGGUGCUGCCGCGCAUGAAGGAGUACAAUGGGCUGAAGAUGGACGCGGGCGAUGGCCAUGGCAACUUCUCGGUCGGAUUCGAUAGCUCGGUGAUCGGGCUGUUCCCCGAGAUGGAGAUGGUCUAUGACCAGUUCCCGCUGGUCACGGGAUUCACGGUCAACUUCAAGACCUCGGCCGUGCGCAACCCGAGCGGGCGGCUGCUGAUGAGCGGAUUCAACCUGCCGUUCCUGCAUGCGCGCAAGCAGCCGGCGGACACAUUCCGCCUGUGACAACGCAAAACCAAAAAA